UGCAGAUUCCUGCGCUACAUAAAAAACCGCUACUAAUAAGUGGCGCCAUCUAACAAUCUAACAAACGACUAUUAAACUGCUUAGUCAUUAUAAAUUACCGUUAGUAAUAAGAUUUGGUUAAUAAGAGUUAUUUUAAAUCACAGUGACAAAUUUUAUAGGGGUUAACAUUGUUCAAAUUAUAACAAAAACCAGAAACUGCACAAAAAAGUUUUUUAUUUAAUAUUAGUAAUUAAGUUGACAACAUUGCACACCACCAAACCAUUGUUUCACGUACGCCCCCACCAAAGUGAUUAUUUUAUUAAUUCAACAAAGCUUCUGAAGUAAUAAUGGAUGUGCCACAGCCGAACGACAAUCAGGAGGGAAAGGCCCCAAAAAAUCAGUUCCCACCCAACAAACAAGAGCUGGCCACCACGUCAGCCAUAGCUUCAACGGAGAAAGGAACCCGUUUCAGGUACGAGCCGAACCUGAUGAUAAGGAACAGGAUCGAGAAGAAGCUGUUGAACAACCUGCGCCAAAUCCUGAACGAAUACACCAGAAGAGUCGGCGAACAAGCCGUGGUGAUGGUCGUGAAACCCGGCCAGGCCAACUGCACCAUAAUGGGCUCGAACCCGCUGAAGAAAAUCAUGGAGGACAAGAAGCAGACCGUCCACGACGAAAUGGUGAAGGCGCUGUACACUCAGGAGUUGCCGCAGCGCAAGAACCAGCUGCUGUUCAAGCUGCCGCCGCUGGUGUUCGACGACGAGCCCACCCCCGUCUACGACAUGACCAUGUUCCAGCUCAGGCGGUUCAUACCGCUGAUGAUGAAGUACGCGACCGGCAAGGGCAAGCCCCAUUGGGGCGAUCCGGCUGCCAAACCGCUGUGGUGGCCCGGCGGCGUGGCCUGGAGCAACAUUCGCACCGACACCAGACAGGCGGAGGAGAAGGAUCUGUCGUGGUCCGACGUGCUGAGGCUGGUGGUCGUCAAGUGCUACGUUUAUCAUGCCAGGGAGGACUUGUUGCGCGUGGCCAAAACUCCGAUGGAGGCUGCUUACAUUGCCCACUUAUUGAGACAGGAAAAAUGCGAUAAGGAAAACCAAGACCCGAAGUUGGGUAUUAGAAUAGAUGAUGGCCCCUCAGGUGGCAAAUCCACCAUGAUAGUGGAUGAAGUGGUGACUGAUGAUAUUCUUCUGGACGUUUAACCAGCUGCAGACUAAUCAAAUGUAUUAUUAGCAUUUAAAUGUAAUUUGUAUAUUGAUUAAUGUUUGUCAUUUAAGUAUCACAAUACAUGAAAACUUACUUCAUAUGUAAUUCUUUUAAAUUAGAAUUUUAUGUAUGUGUGUCAUGAGUAAUUUGUAUAAAUUGUAAUUUAG